UGAGAUAUAGAGAGAGAAGGUUGGAAUCUCUCACAACUCGUAGCGGUGGAGAUUUGAAUUUCAAAAAGGAAUGCAAAGAAUGGGGACGGACGACGGCCGUGGAGGCGAGCAGCAGAUGGACAUCGUCGAGGCGGAGAGCGUCGGAAGUGAUCGUGGUUCGUACAGUGGACCGUUUAGUGGACCGCUGAACAAGCGGGGCGGGCGGAAGAGCGCCCGGUUUAAUGUCCCCGCCGAUGCUGCUCCGGUGGCUGGGGAUGAUGAGGUCUAUGUGGAGAUCACUCUGGAUGUGCGUGAUGACUCGGUGGCGGUGCAUAGUGUGAAGCCUGCGGGUAACGGAGAGUGCGAGGACCCGGAGGUGACGCUGCUGCAGAGGACGCUCGAGAAACGGUCGUCGUUUGGGUCGUCGGUGAUCCGGACGGCGUCGUCAAGGAUACGGCAGGUGUCGCAGGAGCUGAAACGGCUCGCGUCACUGACUAUGCGGCAGGGGCCGGGGCGAGUCGAGCGGUCGAGAUCGGCUGCGGCGCACGCGCUCCUGGGGCUUAAGUUCAUCAGUAAGACUGAUGGUUCCGCCGGAUGGGCCGCCGUUGAGAAGCGGUUCGAUGAUCUCGCCGUUGAUGGCUGCCUCUCUCGUGCCCUAUUUGGGCAGUGUAUAGGGAUGAAGGAGUCAAAGGAGUUUGCAGGUGAGUUGUUUGAUGCUUUGGCGAGAAGAAGGAAUAUUACUGCCAAUUCAAUUACCAAGUCAGAGCUCAGAGAGUUUUGGGAUCAGAUCUCCGACCAGAGCUUUGAUUCCCGGCUUCAGACCUUUUUUGACAUGGUGGACAAGAACGCUGAUGGGAGGAUAAAUGAAGAAGAGGUGAAGGAGAUCAUCUCGCUGAGUGCAUCUGCCAACAAGCUCUCGAAAAUUCAAGAACAAGCAGAGGAGUAUGCGCGUAUGAUCAUGGAGGAGCUUGACCCAAAUAAUCUCGGCUACAUCGAGAUAUACAAUUUGGAGACCCUGUUACUGCAAGCGCCGAGCCAGUCAGUGCGGCCAGGGACGGCCAAUAGCCGGAACCUGAGCCAGAUGUUGAGCCAGAAGCUGAAACCAACCAUAGAACCCAACCCCAUCAAGCGAUACUACCAGAAAUUCCGUUACUUUGUGGAGGAUAACUGGAUGCGGGUGUGGGUGUUGUUGCUCUGGCUCGGCAUUUGCGCAGGCCUUUUCACCUGGAAAUUCAUACAGUACCGCAACCGCGCCGUGUACCACGUUAUGGGCUACUGUGUCUGCGUCGCCAAAGGCGGCGCCGAGACUCUCAAGUUCAACAUGGCUCUCAUCCUCCUCCCAGUCUGCCGGAACACUAUCACUUGGCUCCGUAACAAGACCAAGCUCGGUGUCAUCGUCCCCUUUGACGACAACCUCAAUUUCCACAAGGUGAUUGCGGCGGGGAUAGUGGUCGGUGUGGGACUGCACGCAAUUUCCCAUUUGACGUGCGAUUUUCCAAGGCUUCUGCAUGCUAGUGACGAGGAGUAUAUUCCCAUGAAGCCCUUCUUCGGUGAUACCAGACCGAACAACUACUGGUGGUUCGUGAAAGGCACUGAGGGCUGGACAGGGAUUGUGAUGGUGGUGCUAAUGGCCAUUGCCUUCACUCUUGCCAUGCCUUGGUUCCGCCGUGGCAGGCUUAAUCUCCCUAAGCCUUUAAAGCGUCUUACUGGUUUCAAUGCCUUUUGGUAUUCUCACCACCUUUUCGUCAUCGUCUACAUCCUCCUCAUCAUCCAUGGCAUUUUCCUCUACCUUUCCCAUAAAUGGUACAAGAAAACGACAUGGAUGUAUCUUGCAGUGCCAGUGCUCCUCUACGCUAGUGAACGUCUGAUACGGGCAUUGAGAUCAAGUGUCCGACCUGUUAAGAUUCUUAAGGUCGCGUUGUACCCAGGGAACGUGUUGGCACUUCACGUAUCCAAACCUCAAGGCUUCAAAUAUAGAAGCGGGCAGUAUAUGUUUGUCAACUGUGCUGCUGUUUCCCCCUUUGAAUGGCAUCCGUUCUCCAUCACAUCUGCUCCACAAGACGACUACGUCAGCGUUCAUAUCCGAACAGCCGGUGACUGGACAAGACGGCUAAAAGAAGUUUUCUCGGAGGUAUGCCAACCUUCCACUGAUGGGAAAAGCGGCCUUCUCAGAGCGGACUAUGACCAUGGCUCCAACUCACCCUACCCAAGCUUCCCAAAAGUGCUAAUAGACGGACCUUAUGGUGCGCCAGCCCAAGACUACAAGAAAUACGAUGUAGUAUUACUAGUAGGAUUAGGCAUCGGUGCCACUCCAUUCAUUAGCAUUCUCAAAGACAUUGUCAACAACAUGAAGCUACUUGAAGACGAUAGCGGCGUUGACGGCAAUGCUGACCUGGAACGUGCCGGCGAGAGCACGACGAGAAAGGGAAACCGAUCGUUCAAAACUCGAAGAGCCUACUUCUAUUGGGUGACCAGAGAGCAAGGCUCAUUUGAGUGGUUCAAAGGAGUGAUGAACGAGGUGGCCGAAGCGGACACUAAGGACGCCAUUGAGCUGCACAACUACUGCACCAGUGUUUACGAGGAGGGUGAUGCGCGCUCGGCUUUGAUUGCGAUGCUUCAGUCUCUCAACCACGCCAAGCACGGCGUCGAUGUAGUCUCCGGCACCCGCGUCAAGUCACACUUUGCUCGACCGAAUUGGCGCAAUGUCUAUAAGCGCAUUGCUCUCAAUCACCGUGACCAGCGCAUUGGUGUGUUCUAUUGCGGAGCAGCCGGGUUGACAAAAGAACUCCGCCAGCUUGCAUUAGAUUUUUCAAGGAAGACAAACACCAAGUUCGACUUUCAUAAAGAGAACUUCUAAAUUCUAAGUUCUAACUACUCCGCUUCAAUAAUUCCAAUGGUUGCUGCCAGACGAGUCAUGAUAAGGAUCAAAAAAGAUUUAUGGAUCUCCCCAAUUGGUCACACAUAUUACUCUUCUCCUUUCCCAUUGUACAGCUUCUAGCUAGCUAGUAUAUAUAUUUUUUGAUAAAAAUAUAUAUAUGUAACUAUAUAUAUAUAGAAUUUACCCAUUUCUUUUAA